AUGGUUGAACUAGACUGGAACAAUAUUCCCAAGGAUCUUUGUCCGGUCUGCAAGACCGACAAGUAUCUCUCGCCCACACUACAGUUCAAAAUCAAUCCCGAAUGCUAUCACAAGAUAUGCGACUCGUGCGUGGACCGGAUAUUCUCGCUUGGGCCGUCGCCAUGCCCAUACCCCAACUGUGGCAAAAUCCUGCGAAAAAACAGGUUCAAGACACAGAUCUUUGACGACGUCGAAGUUGAGCGCGAAUGCGAUGUGCGGAAGAGAGUGGUGGCGGUGUACAAUAAGACACAGGAGGAUUUUAAAACGCUGGACGAGUAUAAUGCGUACCUCGAGGAGAUAGAAGAAUACGUCUACAAGCUGGUCAACAAGAUCGACGUUGAGCAGACGGAACAGAAACUGAAGGAGUACCAGCAGGCGCACAAAGAUGACAUUGAAAUGAGCAACAACCAGCGCGAUCAGGAAUACGAGAAAUUCCUCAAGCUCCAGAACUUGGAGAAACGGUACAAAGCAGAGAAAAAUAAAAUCAAUAGAGAGAUCAUUAAGGAGGAGCAGAACCUUAAGAAUCUGGGCAAGCUGGAGGUUAUUAACCAGCUCCAGACGGCGUCGGGCGAGAAGGAUGCCGACAAGAUCAUUGCCAACGUGCGCGACUCGAUGAUCAGUAAAACCAGUAAUUACAAGGAGCAGCUUGAGGAGCUGGAAAAAAAUUACCAGGAGCAGCGAGAAAAAAUCAUCAGCGGUCUAGACGAGAUCAAAGAGGAGGAGAAGCCCAAGGUGCCCUUCACGCCCUUCAACGGCGACCGUGUGGUAUCUCCUCCGUAUGAGUAUGGAGACUACAAGGACCCGUUCCUGCUUAAAAUCGUGGACGAUGUACAGUACAAGGCUGGGGGGUACAAGAUCGACUUCUACUUCCACAAGUCGCUUAAUGACGCUUUUACCGGGCUCCAUUGCAUAAUAGAAGAGGAGAAGGAGACGGUGGAUCAGGUUAUGGGGUAA